AGGAAAAUACAUACUCCCUGAUGGGAGAGAAAUGCUGAAUAAAGUACUAAUGAGGCAAAUAUUAACUGCUUUACAUCAAGAGGGUCAUCGGGGAAUUCAGGCAACGUGUGAUGCUGUGCUAUGGAAACAUGUAUGUGUAGGAAUAUAUAUAUACACACUCUGGCUUAACAAGUAUGCAUGAGUUGUGUAGUAUGUCAAAAGAUAAAUAGGAAAAUUAUCUGCAGUCAGCCCAAAGGGGGGCGAGAACCAGGAAGUCAACGCUUCCAAAGUGUACAGGUAGAUUUUACAGAACUCCUUAGAGUAGGUAGAUUUAAAUACUUAUUAGUCUUGGUCGAUCAUUUGUCAGGGUGGGUGGAAGCUUUCCCUUCAGUAUCUGCUACUGCGAACAUAGUAACUAAAGUAAUUCUAGAACAAAUAACUCCCAGGUAUGGAAUUGUUGGAAAUAGUGACUCUGAUCAAGGAAAUCACUUUAUGUCAGAAAUAUUGCAAGGGCUAAUGUGGACUCUAGGAAUUAAGCGGAAAUUUCACACUCCUUGGCAUCCUUCCUCUUCUGGAAGGGUGGAGAGGAUCAGACAGUAAGCAGCAAUUGAAUAAGUUCUGGAAACUCGGCUUCCCCAAACGAAGUGCUUACCUUUGGCACUUCUCCGAAUUCAAACUGCACCAAGAAAAGAUGUAGGAGUUUCACCAUAUGAAAUAUUAUUUGGAUUGCUGUACAUGGACAAAGGGAAUGAAUUACCUCAAAUUGAGACAAAAGAUGCUUUUCUUAAGAACUGUAUACUCGAGCUGUCGUCCUCUUUGUCAUCUCUCAGGACCUGUGGACUGUUAGCUCAAACCCCAGCCUUGGAAGCCCUCAUCCAUCCAUUCCAAGAAGGAGAUUGGGAUCCGAUGCGAACAUGGAGAGAAUUGAAACUGCAACCUGAGUGGGACGGACUGUUCCAAGUGCUCCUGACUACUGAGAUGACAGGAAGAACGGCUGAGAAAGGGUGGACUCAUACCUGGGCUUCCUUUGGGAGUUCGAGCCCAGUUGGCUCUUUAUCAUCUGAGGAUCAUGACUUUGACCCUUCUGCUGAAAUGCUGGUACAUGAUUACGAUGAUGAGCGAACUCUCGAAGAAGAGGAAAUGAUGGAAGAAAGCAAAAAUUUCAGCUCUGAAAUUGAAGAUUUAGAAAAGGAAGGAAACAUGCCAUUGGAAGACUUACUGGCAUUCUAUGGCUACGAAACCACGAUUCCAGUUAUGGCAGGUUCUAGCACAGAUAGCUCUCCAAGUGAGCUUGCAGAUGAACUUCCAGAUAUGACUCUAGAUAAAGAGGAAAUAGCUAAAGACCUCUUGUCAGGUGAUGAUGAAGAAACACAGUCCUCUGCAGAUGACUUGACACCAUCGGUUACUUCACAUGAGGCUACAGACUUCUUUCCUCGGCCAUUAAGAUCAAACACUGCAUGUGAUGGAGAUAAAGAAUCAGAUGUUGAAGAUGUAGAGGCAGACAGUGGUAAUUCAUCUGAAGAUUUGAGAAAGGAAAUAAUGGUUGGUUCACAGUAUCAGGCUGAGAUUCCCCCUUACCUUGGCAAAUACAGUGAUGAUGAAAAGGGUAAGUUCUUUCAAUCUGUUUUACUUUUUAUCUUACGCUUAUAUGUAGCAGUUGAUGGAAAAAUAUUAUUUAAAUUUUUAAGGUAAAGUCAGUGGCUUAGUGAAAAUCUUAAAAUCUUAAAACCUUAAAAAUACUAGAAAACUGAGUGAUGCAACCGCGUAAUUAUUUCUCAGAAAUGU